CGUCGCGACUCGUGAUUGCUCGGCGCGGACGUCAGUCUCGGGGGCGUGUGUCUCGCUGGGACGCCGCGCAGCUCUCCGCUGGGCUCCGCGGAGCGGUCGGGUGGAUUCCGCGCUCGCCCUUCGCGCGCCAGGCCCGGCGCCCGCGCCCACGGCGGAGCCUCCCGCAUCGGAUCGCGCCUCGCUGGGCGGGAACUGGCCGGACGGCGGCGGCCACUAUGAGUGAAACAUCUUUCAACUUAAUAUCAGAAAAAUGUGACAUUCUAUCCAUUCUCCGAGACCACCCAGAAAACAGGAUCUACCAGAGGAAAAUCCAGGAACUCAGCAAAAGGUUCACAGCGAUCCGCAAGACCAAGGGGGACGGGAACUGCUUCUACCGGGCCCUGGGUUACUCCUACCUGGAGUCUCUGUUGGGCAAGAGCAGAGAGAUCCUCAAGUUCAAAGAACGUGUGCUGCAGACCCCCAAUGACCUUCUGGCUGCUGGCUUUGAAGAGCACAAGUUCCGUAACUUCUUCAAUGCUUUCUACAGUGUGGUGGAGCUGCUGGAGACCGACGGCUCAGUGUCCAGCCUCCUGAAGGUGUUCAACGACCAGAGCUCCUCAGACAGGAUCGUGCAGUUCCUGCGCCUGCUCACCUCAGCCUUCAUCAGGAACCGUGCGGACUUCUUUCGACACUUCAUUGACGAGGAGAUGGACAUCAAAGACUUCUGCACACACGAAGUGGAGCCCAUGGCCAUGGAGUGCGACCACAUCCAGAUCACGGCCCUGUCACAGGCUCUGAGCAUCGCACUGCAGGUGGAGUACGUGGACGAGAUGGACACAGCCCUGAACCACCACGUCUUCCCUGAGGCCGCCAUCCCUUCCGUUUACCUGCUCUAUAAAACAUCCCACUACAACAUCCUUUACACAGCUGAUAAACGUUGAUUCCUUCUGGGCCAUGCUGUGGAGCUUGUCACCUAAUGGGACUGCAUUCUGAACACAACAUGCCGGCUUCUCAGUUUUAAGUGAUUGGCACUGUAGUUAGAGAAUGUACAGCCUUUUGGGUGGAGCCGCUGAGAACCAGGCCCUGCCGUGUGGACUGUGGUGACUUGGUGACUACUUUAGUACUGGUUCUCACGGAGCAUCAAUGCUUUCUAACUCUGGGCUGGGAAGCUUCCACCGGCUUCUUCUCCCACUUCCCCAAGACCUCAAGGGGGCUAUUUCUUCACCUAGAGGCUCAUGCCAUCCUAAUGCUGUACAGACACAGGGUCAUUUUCCUCUGUGUAAAAAGCUCAAGGUCCGCUAACUUAAGUGACUUGCCAGUUUUGUAAGAAAAGACUCAAGUCCAAUCAGUUGUUGGACUCGACUUGGGUGGAUGGCUGACUAAAAGCACUGGCCAGCUGAGGCCAAUCUGAAAGUGGGCCCCUUGUGGUUCCAAGCAUUCAUGGUGCUUUCUGGCCCCCAACUUAAGGGGGCUAGAGGGAGUCUUUCACAUCAAAGUCUAAACCAAAGCUUUGAGCAGGAAGCUUCAGUUACUGGGCCUUCUUACCCAGGUCAGAACUGCUGGUCCUGUGGGGUAGGUCAUUUACCAUCCUGUCACCAGCACCACCUGGGCAGAGCUUGGGAAAUACCAGGGUCAGGACUUCCCAGAAUUCGUGGACCUUUGUCUAAUCAGGAAAUGCAGCUAUUACAUCACCCCAGUGAAUUCUGGACACACAGUCCAGAUACUCCACAAGGUGAACACGUUGUGCAUACAGCUGUGGACUACAGGCCAGCAAAUGUUUCACAAGACCACCCUUGGUGUCUUUUCUCCCCGCUGCUUCCCAGUUUACGGGCUGGUCAGAGGCAAGGGGGAAAGGACAGAAGAAAUAAGCUGGAGACACUUGAGUGGGGUAGACAGCUGCUGUGGAAGCAGCCUGGAGGUCUGGUCGGCAGCCUCCUUACCCAUCUGCCCACAUGCGACGUGAUGCUGAGUCUCUUCUGCAGGACCUCAAGGGGCGCUGGCUGAACUGGGGAACUGCUAGCAAGUCUUGCUCUUUAGGAAGACAUGGAGACUGCAGGAGGCGUGGGACUGUCCUUUGAGGGCGCCGCCUCCUCAGGCUGCCAACUCACAGGUUGCAUCUAGUAGGGUCGAUGAGAAGCUGCUAGUGCUUGGAGCAAGUCCACAGGCAGUCACACUGUGCACAAGGUAGGGACGGCCACUGAAACACCAGAGGUGUGGCCACAGCUUCCCUUCAUGGAGAGCAUGCCAGGAUGCUUUACUUCCGGGCAGGGAUCAGUUUCUCCUUCUACCCUCAUCUGGACUCUGGACCUAAGGGCUCAAGCUGAGUGACUGUGUCACUUUCCCAGGGGAAUGUAAACCUCACCCUAACCUCUGACCUGGUUCAGCGUCCCACCCUGCUCUGUGAGAAAGACACUGGGACUAGAGGGAGCAUGCUUUUCGUCUUGUGAAUGUAAGCAGCCCACUUCCAAACUGAAGGGCUGAACACUGGUGCUGAGCUGAAUGCCCCUGGUGCUCUGAGGGGUUAAGAGGUGGGACCUGGUAUCUGCGGGGUUCUCAAGCUUAGCGUAGGCAGUUCUGGCUACCACUUCUCUGCAGAGCUCUCUCUUGACAGACCUGCGGAAGAGCUUCACAUUAAGACCUGCCAACGUUGUGUGCCCAGGCCCGCCAGCUCACAGGGAAGUGUUUUCUCAGGAGCAUGCCCGUCAGGACAAGUUAUUUCCUCUCACUAAGUCACUGCAGGGGGCCCUUCGAAUCUGCCCUCAGUGCUUGUCUCCAAGGGUAGGCACUAGUGGAGGACAACGAAUGCCAGGAUUUAGUGAAGCCGCCCGAAGUCCAGUCAGCCGUGGAAAGUACCAUGCUUGCCUACUGCAGCCGGCCAUUAUGCCACGACCGUUUUCUGUAUAAUUUUUCUCUCCAACCCAUGAACCAUCUUGUUCAGACCACAAGCUGACCAGAAAGUUGUCCUGAGAAUUUACCUUCACGACUGUAUUUUCUUUCCUUCCAAAAGUGGCAUUCUAGAUCAACAGAACUGAGCAGACUGUCCUUGCUUCUGAACAAAAGAACUCAAGAGACAGACAGACUGCCUAGGUUCAUUUACUAGCUGUGUCACUUUGGUCAGGUCACUUUGCCUCUCUGGGCCCCAGUUCUCACAACUCCAAGAUGGAGACAGUCCCUACAUAUCAGUAUUAUGGUUAUGGUGGAACAAGAUCAUGUAACGAAAACAAGGCCCAGCACAUACUAAGUGCUGUCCAAGUGGAACACUCCCCAACUUACUCUUCCUAGUAGGAAGAGCGCUGCAAGAUGGAAAACCACCCUGGCAGUGGUGCUGUGGCUCGCCUGACAUAGACGUGUCCAGCCAUUAGAUCUAAGCACGAAACACGUUCCCACACUGAGCGGAAGUGGAAGAGGGGUCUGUGGCUCAGGCGUUGGCUGUCAGAAGUCCCAGCUCUUGUGGGGGACGGAGCAGCGCCUACAGAUUGCCUGGGCAGCUGGAAACAUCUUCCCCACAUUAAAAGGUUUCCGUGACAA